UUUAAUAUUAUUCUUUUCUUGAGUUUUAAGAUAAAUAUUUUGAAUUUACCUUCAUGCUUCAAGUACAUUUUUUUAGAUGGAGUAAACAAAAAAGAGAAGGAAAGCUAGUUACCAUUUUUUGUGAAGAUGCUAAUCUAACUGAUGACAUGAUUGAUCUGACUGAUGAUGCGAGACAUACAAGUCAAAAUAAAGAUGAUGAUUUAAACAACGAUAUUCAGCUCAUAGCAAAGGAGAUAGCAGCUGAUUUUCAAAUUGGUGAUUGGGUUGCUAUUGAAUAUAAUAUGCAGUGGUAUCCUGCAAUAAUUCAAAGUGUCAAUCGUGACAAUGUUCAUGUUUCUUGUAUGGAAUAUUCUACUACACCUGAAAAAAACUGUUUCAAGUGGCCAACCAAGGAAAAUAUUCUCCAAUAUUUAUAUCUUGACGUUAUUUGUAGGAUUGAUGCACUAACACCAACUAAUCAAAGAGGGGACUAUUCUCUCUCAAUAGACGAUAUGUAUAACAUAGAAAUUCAGAUUGACAGAUAAACUUCUUUAAAACUUUAUUUGGUUUGCUUUCUUAAACAAGUUGUAUUUGAAAAAACGUUUAUCCGAAAUUUACAUAAUUGUUUUAACAAUGAUAUAAACACUUCAAAGUGUGUGAUGUUUGGAUCUUUUUCUCAUAAAAGAAGCUUAGAAAAUAACUUUUAUC